ACAAGCUGUAAAAAUGAAGCAAAUAUUAUCCUGAUUACUCAUCAGCGCUAUUGACGGAGAUAACACAGUUCAGCCCUGCAAACUUUUUGGACCCGUUCCUUCUCUCUCUCCUCGCUAAUCGCGAAAGACGUAGAAUACACUGAUCAUGGCCAUGGUGAUAUAGCUCUAUUGACAUAUAAAUACGUGUAUUAAAUGCGAGAGUGAAUGAGAACUCCGCCAUCUCUGCUUUCUUUAGCAAUAGAUGCAGCUGUCCUUCAUCUUUCUCACUUCUCUGAUCUCUCUCCUCUCCCUGAUCACAUCCUCCUCGAUCUCUUCCUGUGACGAUGAUUUUAAUGCUGAGCAGAAAACAUUGAAAGCUGGAAAGCUGAAUGAGAAAGUUCUGAAGCUCUUCAUGGCAACUGGCAAAGAUGAAGUUCUGACAUUUAUACAGGCUCUCAAUAUCCAGCAUGUCCUCACACCUGUCCUUCCUACCAGAUGUUCUGAGAAAUUCUGAGAAUUUAAAUGUUUGAGAGACUCCACUAGUUUUGAGCUGAGCAGCAAGUGCCUUUUAGGAGGCCAACCAACUUUUGGAUUUGGUACUUUGUUAUUAUAGCUUGACAAGAUGUCUGUAGCUAACAUCAAGGACAGUGAUGUUGAUAUUGUAAUAGGAGCACUCCGCCCGGACCUAACAUCAUUCAUGAACGAAUGGAGAUCAAUAUUUUCUCGAUUCCACUUGAUAAUUGUAAAAGAUCCUGAUCUUAAUGAAGAGCUGAAGAUACCAGAAGGAUUUAACCUUGAUGUCUAUAGUAAGUCUCAUAUAGAACGACUAACGGGCUCCACUACUUCUGCUCUCUUCUCUGGAUACGCAUGCAGGUAUUUUGGGUUCAUCAUAUCUCGUAAGAAGUACAUUGUCUCAAUUGAUGAAGACUGUGUUCCUGCCAAGGAUGACAAGGGUUUCCUGAUAGAUGCUGUGGCCCAGCAUAUUACAAACCUGACUGCUCCAGCUACCCCUUACUUCUUUAAUACUCUCUAUGAUCCUUAUCGCGAAGGGGCAGAUUUUGUUCGUGGAUACCCAUUUAGCCUCCGGAAUGGGGUUACAUGUGCUUUGUCAUGUGGACUGUGGCUCAAUUUAGCCGACUUUGACGCACCUACACAAGCCCUGAAGCCAGCAGAGAGGAAUUCUCGAUAUGUUGAUGCGGUACUGACUGUCCCAGCAAGGGCCAUGAUGCCCAUUAGUGGCAUCAAUAUUGCUUUUGAUCGUGAGGUGGUGGGCCCCUGUGUUUUACCAGCUUUGAGAUUAGCUGGAGAAGGAAAGUUAAGGUGGGAAACAAUGGAAGACAUAUGGAAUGGAAUGUGUGUAAAGGUUAUAUGUGAUCACCUUGGGCUUGGAGUGAAAACUGGGCUGCCAUAUGUCUGGAGGAAAGAUAGAGGUAAUGCCAUAGAGAGCUUGAAGAAAGAAUGGGAAGGGGUGAAGUUAAUGGAGGAAGUUGUUCCUUUCUUUCAGUCAAUAAGGUUGCCACAAACAGCAGCCACAGCAGAAGAUUGUGUAGCUGAGCUUGCGACAUCAGUAAAGCAGAAGCUGGGUCCAUUAGAUCCUGUAUUUAGCCGCGCUUCGGAAGCCAUGUUGGAGUGGGUCAAGCUGUGGAAGGCACUUGGAUCUGGUUCCUCUCCGGUGUAGGUGGUUUGGUUUUAGUUCCUGUUUUAAAAGUUCAAAUGAUUCUAUUUUCUUGUACUUUAAUUUGAAAGUUUCUUAUUGAACACUAACUUAUUUCCUAUGAUACACUUGAGUUGUUGCAGCAGAAAUAAACAAUGCUUAGCAAGUA